AUGAAGCUGAAGAGGUUUCUCUUGAGAUACUACCCUCCUGGCAUCAUUCUAGAGUACAUUCGCAGUAAUGGAGAAUAGGAGACUAAGUCUAUUGAUUUGUUAAAUCUAAGCAAUGAGUAAGGAUAGCAAUUUAUCGAUAGCACUGAUGUAGAUCAGCUGGUUGAUGAAAUUGUGAUGGAGGAACCGAUCAUUUCAGAAAAUAGAAAGCCAUAACUAGCAGCAUUGAUUCGCAGUAUCAACUAAUUAAAUUUAGAACUAAUUGAAAAGAUCGAAUCAAAGAAGGAGCAAUCAUUUGAGUUGUUCAAGACUCUCAAAGCACACAUGUUGCCUCUAACAAAUUGCGCAUUCAACAAGAACGGGGACAAGUAAUGAUUCCACUAUGUAGAUUCAUCACAGGUAGUUAUGAUAGAACUUGUAAAGUAUGGGACACUUUCACAGGAGAAUAAUUGGUCUCUUUGGAAGGUCAUAAGAAUGUCGUAUAUUGCAUAGCGUUCAACAACCCCUUUGGGUAGUCUAUAAUCGUUAUUUCCAUAGGGAUCGCGUUGUGACAGGCUCUUUUGAUAAAACUGCUAAAAUUUGGGAUGCCACUUCAGGAAAGUGUCUAUAGACCCUUGUUGGACAUUAAUAUGAAAUAGUUUGUAUUUCCUUUGAUCCUCAUUCCUUACUUGUGGCAACAGGUUCAAUGGAUAAAACUGCAAGGUUAUGGGAUGUUGAAACAGGAAAAUAAAUAGCUAGAUUGGAUGGACAUGAAGGUGAAAUUGUCAGUUUGCAUUUCAAUUCUGAUGGCGAUAAAUUGCUUACAGGUUCAUUUGAUAAAACUGCAAUGGUAAGGCGUAUUCAUCACAUCAUAGAUUUGGGAUGUGAGAUCUGGUGAAUGUAUACACAUUUUAGAUGAACACACAGGUGAGAUUUCAAGUACUUAAUUUGAAUUUACAGGAGACUAUUGCGCUACUGGUUCAAUAGAUAAGUAAUCUAACUUAUAUAUUUAUAUAGAACUUGUAAAAUUUGGGAUAUCAAAACAGGAAAAUGUAUAGAAACACUUCGAGGACAUUAAGAUGAAGUACAAGAUAUCUGCUUCAAUUCCACAGGUUUCUAUUUUCAUCUAUCAUCUCUAAGGAACCAGAUUAGUCACAGUCUCAGCUGAUGCAACUGGAAGACUAUACAAUGUAAAUUCUGGAUAAUGUGUUGCCCAACUCUUAGGACACAAAGGGGAAAUCUCUAAAGUUGCUUUCAAUCCCUCGGGAAACAAAAUCAUUACUGCCAGUGCAGAUAAUACAGCUAGAAUAUUGUAAAAUUCAUCUUAAUCUUUUUCAGUUCAGAAACUGGAGAAUGUUUGUAAGUAUUGGAAGGUCACACUGAUGAAAUAUUUAGUUGUGCAUUCAAUUAUGAAGGAGAUAUCAUAAUCACAGGAUCUAAAGAUAACACAUGCAAAAUUUGGAAGGAAACUAAUCUGUAAGUUAAAAAAUGA